GGGCGCGGGGACGGCUCCGGGGGGCGGGGGCCGGGGCCCGGGCCGGCUCGCGCAGGGGGUAUGAUGACCCGGCGGCGGGGCCCCGGAUCUCGUCUCCUCCGCCGCCUCCUCACGGCAGCCCCAGCUCGCGGCUGAGAACCAGAAGACACACCGGCGGUAUGGCAUCACAGCUGCAGGUGUUUUCCCCCCCAUCAGUGUCGUCGAGUGCCUUCUGCAGUGCGAAGAAGCUGAAGAUAGAGCCCUCUGGCUGGGAUGUUUCUGGACAGAGCAGCAACGACAAAUAUUAUACCCACAGCAAAACCCUCCCAGCCACACAAGGGCAAGCCAACUCCUCUCACCAGGUAGCAAAUUUCAACAUCCCUGCUUACGACCAGGGCCUGCUCCUCCCAGCCCCUGCAGUGGAGCACAUUGUUGUAACAGCUGCUGACAGCUCGGCCAGCGCUGCUACAUCAACCUUCCAAAGCAGCCAGACCCUGACUCACAGAAGCAACGUUUCUUUGCUUGAGCCAUAUCAAAAAUGUGGAUUGAAAAGAAAAAGUGAGGAAGUGGACAGCAACGGUAGCGUGCAAAUCAUAGAAGAACAUCCCCCUCUCAUGCUGCAGAACAGGACUGUGGUGGGUGCUGCUGCCACGACCACCACUGUCACCACGAAGAGUAGCAGCUCCAGCGGAGAAGGGGAUUACCAGCUGGUCCAGCAUGAGAUCCUUUGCUCUAUGACAAACAGCUAUGAAGUCUUGGAGUUCCUAGGCCGGGGAACAUUUGGACAGGUGGCUAAGUGCUGGAAGCGGAGCACCAAGGAAAUUGUGGCUAUUAAAAUCUUGAAGAACCACCCCUCCUAUGCCAGACAGGGACAGAUUGAAGUGAGCAUCCUUUCCCGCCUAAGCAGUGAAAAUGCUGAUGAGUAUAAUUUUGUCCGUUCUUAUGAGUGCUUUCAGCAUAAGAAUCAUACCUGCCUUGUGUUCGAGAUGCUGGAACAGAACUUAUAUGAUUUUCUAAAGCAGAACAAGUUUAGUCCACUGCCACUCAAGUACAUCAGGCCAAUCUUGCAGCAGGUGGCCACCGCCCUGAUGAAGCUCAAGAGCCUUGGUCUAAUUCAUGCUGACCUUAAGCCUGAAAACAUAAUGCUGGUUGAUCCAGUGCGCCAGCCCUACCGAGUGAAGGUCAUUGACUUUGGUUCUGCUAGUCACGUUUCCAAAGCUGUGUGCUCAACCUACUUACAGUCACGUUACUACAGAGCCCCUGAAAUUAUUCUUGGCUUACCAUUUUGUGAAGCUAUUGAUAUGUGGUCAUUGGGCUGUGUGAUAGCAGAGCUGUUCCUGGGAUGGCCUCUUUAUCCUGGUGCUUCAGAAUAUGAUCAGAUUCGUUACAUCUCACAAACACAAGGCCUGCCAGCUGAAUAUCUUCUCAGUGCCGGGACAAAAACUACUAGGUUUUUCAACAGAGAUCCUAAUCUGGGGUACCCGCUAUGGAGACUUAAGACACCUGAAGAACAUGAACUGGAAACUGGGAUCAAGUCAAAAGAAGCUCGAAAGUACAUUUUUAAUUGUUUAGAUGAUAUGGCUCAGGUGAACAUGUCUACAGACUUAGAGGGAACAGAUAUGUUGGCAGAGAAGGCGGAUCGAAGAGAAUACAUUGAUCUGUUAAAAAAAAUGCUAACAAUUGAUGCAGAUAAGAGAAUUACUCCUCUGAAAACUCUUAACCACCAGUUUGUGACAAUGACUCACCUUCUGGAUUUUCCGCAUAGCAAUCAUGUUAAGUCUUGUUUCCAGAACAUGGAGAUCUGCAAACGGAGGGUCCACAUGUAUGAUACAGUGAGUCAGAUCAAGAGUCCCUUCACCACACAUGUUGCCCCGAAUACAAGCACAAAUCUAACUAUGAGCUUCAGCAACCAACUCAAUACAGUGCACAAUCAGGCCAGUGUUCUAGCUUCCAGUUCUACUGCAGCAGCUGCUACUCUUUCUCUGGCUAAUUCUGACGUCUCCCUGCUAAACUACCAGUCAGCUUUGUACCCAUCAUCUGCAGCACCCGUUCCUGGUGUCGCCCAGCAGGGUGUUUCCUUGCAGCCUGGAACUACCCAGAUUUGUACUCAGACAGAUCCAUUCCAGCAAACAUUUAUAGUAUGUCCACCUGCUUUUCAAACUGGACUACAAGCAACAACAAAACACUCUGGAUUCCCUGUGAGGAUGGAUAAUGCAGUGCCAAUUGUCCCCCAGGCACCAGCUGCUCAGCCACUGCAGAUACAGUCAGGGGUCCUCACACAGGGAAGCUGUACACCACUAAUGGUAGCAACUCUUCACCCUCAAGUAGCCACCAUCACACCGCAGUAUGCGGUGCCCUUUACUCUGAGCUGCGCAGCCGGCCGGCCGGCGCUGGUUGAACAGACUGCCGCUGUACUGCAGGCUUGGCCUGGAGGAACCCAACAAAUUCUCCUGCCUUCCACUUGGCAACAGUUGCCUGGGGUAGCUCUACACAACUCUGUCCAGCCCACUGCAGUGAUCCCAGAGGCCAUGGGCAGCGGCCAGCAGCUCACAGACUGGAGGAAUGCCCACUCUCAUGGCAACCAGUACAGCACUAUCAUGCAGCAGCCAUCCUUGCUGACGAACCACGUGACAUUGGCCACUGCUCAGCCCCUUAAUGUUGGCGUUGCCCAUGUUGUCAGACAACAACAAUCCAGUUCCCUUCCUUCAAAGAAGAAUAAACAGUCUGCUCCAGUCUCUUCUAAGUCCUCUCUGGAUGUUCUGCCAUCUCAAGUCUACUCUCUGGUUGGGAGCAGCCCCCUCCGUACCACAUCUUCUUAUAAUUCCCUAGUUCCUGUUCAGGAUCAGCAUCAGCCAAUCAUCAUUCCAGAUACUCCCAGCCCUGCUGUGAGUGUCAUCACCAUCCGCAGCGACACUGACGAGGAAGAGGACAACAAAUACAAACCCAAUAGCUCUGGCCUGAAGGCAAGGUCUAAUGUCAUCAGUUACGUCACUGUCAAUGAUUCUCCAGACUCUGACUCUUCCUUGAGCAGCCCGUAUUCCACUGAGACCCUGAGUGCUCUCCGGGGCAAUAGUGGGCCCCUUCCGGAGGGGCCUGGCAGAGUCGUGGGAGAUGGCCCUGGCACCCGCACCAUCAUUGUACCUCCACUGAAAACUCAGCUUGGUGACUGCACUGGAGCAACCCAGGCCUCAGAACCAGCAGUCAUCAUCAGCUCCAAGCUCGCAGGAGAGAAGCAGCAACCCUGCCCCCCGCAGGCAGCAGGCAUUUGUGGCCCCGCUCUCCCAAGCCCCCUACGCCUUCCAGCAUGGCAGCCCACUACACUCGACGGGGCACCCCCACCUGGCCCCAGCCCCUGCUCACCUGCCGAGCCAGCCUCAUCUGUAUACGUAUGCUGCCCCCACCUCUGCGGCUGCAUUGGGCUCCACCACCUCCAUUGCUCAUCUCUUCUCCCCCCAGGGCUCCUCAAGGCACGCUGCAGCCUAUGCCACCCAUCCGAGCACUCUGGUGCACCAGGUCCCUGUCAGUGUUGGGCCCAGUCUCCUCACUUCUGCCAGCGUGGCCCCUGCUCAGUACCAACACCAGUUUGCCACCCAGUCUUACAUUGGGUCUUCCCGAGGCUCGACCAUUUACACUGGAUACCCACUGAGUCCUACCAAGAUCAGCCAGUAUUCUUACUUGUAGUUGGUGAGCAUAAGGGAGGGGAGGGGACAGAGUUCUUAAUGGGCUGUCAUGAGCCCCUCCCUUACCCUCUCCUGAAACUCCUUAGCCAGCAACUUGCUCCACAGGGGCCCACUGAAGCAGAAGGCUUUUCUCUGGGGAACCUGUCUCAGUAUUGACUGCAUUGUUGUAGUCUCCCAAAGUCUGCCCUGUUUUUUAAUUCUUUAUUUUUGUGACAGCAUUUUUGGUAUUUGGAAGAGUUCAGAUGCCCAUCGUCUGCAGUUACCAAGGAAGAGAGAUCAUUCUGAAGUUACCUUUGAAAAAUAUUUUUCCUCUCUGACUUGAUUUCUAUAAAUGCUUUUAAAAACAAGUGAAGUAUCUCUUUAUUUAACUUUAUUUUAUUGUAAUUCCUGGUCAGAGGAAAAACGCUGAUAGGAGGACUUGAAAUCUGGUAACAAGUAAGGAAAGGAAAACCAUUACUUUCUGCUUGUUUAAAAACCAAGACUUAAUUGCUUCUCUUAAGAGCAGCUUGCACAAGUCUGUAUUUUACUGUCUCGCAUUUCUCAGAAUUUUACCUUUGCUAAUGGGACAUUUACUCUUACGGUGUUUUAGUUUUGUUUCAUGUUAUGUUUAGUGGGAAAUUUUUAUUUUUGCAAAACUGGUUACAUACUACUCUGUGUUACUAUUGGGAUUCUCUCAGUUGCUCCUGUGUUUAUUAUAAAGUAGUGUUAAAAAGGCAGCUCACCAUUUGCUGGUAACUUAGUGUAAGAGAAUCCAUACCUACCAUGAAAGCACCGGGUAUUCUUUUUAAAUGAAGCCCUGUGCAUUCUUUUUAAAUUAUUUAAAAAAAAGUCUUUCUCUGAUUCAGCUUCAAUUUUAUUCUUGGAAAAGCCAUUAAGGUGGUUAUUAUUGUAUGGUGGUGGUUGUUUAAUAUAUGCAAGCUCUCUUUGUAUUAUGCGAUACUGGCAUUGAUGAGCUUUGCCUGAAGAUUAGUAUGAAUUUUCAAUAAUACACCUCUUUCUCUCUUUGCCUCAUCUCUCCCUUUGUUCUAUGUGAUUUAUUUGGGGAGAAAGCUAAAGGAUCUGAAAUCAGAUAAGAACGUUGUGUAUAGCUUUUAUACUUAAAAGUAGCUUUCUUUGUAUGCCAGCAGCAAAUUGAAUGCUCUCUUACUAAGACUUAUAUAAUAAGUGCAUGUAGGAAUUGCAAAAAAUAUUUUAAAAAUUUAUUACUGAAUUUAAAAAUAUUUUAGAAGUUUUGUAAUGGUGGUGUUUUAAUAUUUUGCAUAAUUAAAUAUGUACAUACUGAUUAGAAGACUAUAACAAGCAAUUUUUCCUGCUAACCCAAAAUGUUAUUUGUAAUCAAAUGUGUAGUGAUUACACUUGAAUUGUGUAUUUAGUGUGUAUCUGAUCCUCCAGUGUUACCCCGGAGAUAAAAUUGAUGUCUCCAUUGUAUUUAAACCAAAAUGAACUGAUACUUGUUGGAAUGUAUGUGAACUAAUUGCGAUUAUAAUAGAGCAUAUUACUGUAGUGCUGAGUGAGCAGGGGCAUUGCCUGCAAGGAGAGGAGACCCUUGGAAUUGUUUUGCACAGGUGUGUCUGGUGAGGAGUUGUUCAGUGUGUGUCUCUUCCUUCCCUUUCUCCUCCUUCCCUUAUUGUAGUGCCUUAUAUGAUAAUGUAGUGGUUCAUAGAGUUUACAGUGAGCUUGCCUUAGGACGGACCAGCAAGCCCCCGUGGACCCAAAGCUGUUCACCGGGAUUUAUCAGAACAGGAUUAGUAGUUGUGUUGUGUAUAUGCAUUGUUCUCAGUUUCCCUGCCGACAUUGGAAAAUAAAAACAACAGCUUCUCUUUUUUACCACCACCUCUACCCCUUUCUGUUUUGGAUUCUCAGCUGUGUUCUCACAGAAGCAUUUUCCUCAUGUGGCUCUCUCACUGUGCAUUGCUACCUUGCUUCUGUGAGAAUUUAGGAAGCAGGUGAGAGGAGUCAAGUGAAUAUUAAAUAUGCACCCCCCCCCCUGUUUUUUUAAGUAUGUGCAAUCACUUUUAGAUGAUUGAUUUUUUCCUUUUCCCAUGUGGCAGUCCUUCCUGCGAAUAGUCAACAUUCCUAGUAAAAUAUUUGCUUGUUGAAAAAAACAUGUAACAGAUGUGUUUAUACCAAAGAGCCUGUUGUAUUGCUUACCAUGUCCCCAAUACUAUGAGGAGGAGUUUUGUGAUGCCGCUGGUGACAGGGAACUCACAGAAAGGCUUCUUAACCGGUGAAGAAUAUUAAGAAGGAACCAAAGCCUGUUGAGUCAUUGGACUUCUGAGGUUUCUUUUUAACAACUUCUGUAUUCUUGGGGCCCUUCAAACUGUGAAAUUGUCCUUGUACUCUCAGCUCCUGCACGGAUCUGAGUCAAGAAGAGGGUACUGGGGAUGGCCAAGUUCCUGCCCGUAAAGAUUUGAGAGAAGAAGGUUAACCCUAAGAUGUGGAUGUGUUCCAUCUGAACUGAAGGUUAUGGAUUUGAGGGAUAUGUCUAGGACUGGUUCUUUGUAGAGAUGGUGUCAAGGAGGUGCAGGAUGGAGAUGGGAGACUUCAUGGGACCUGGUCAGCAAGCUCUGUACCAGGUUGAACACCGAGGAGCUGUCAAGGUAUUUGGAAUUUCUUCAUUGGAAGGAGGAAGGGCUUUCAGGAUGGGGCAGAUAGUCAGAACAGCCUACCAGGAACACGAUGUUUUUCUACUUUCUUUUCAUCAUUAUAUUGAGUUCUGUUCUCAGCACUGUGUUGGUCAAGAUACCCAAGCAGUUUGUACAGUUUCUGUCACUAGUAUUAUACAGUUUUUUGUGUCAGCGUGGGUGAUCUUUGUGUCUCUUUUUGCCAAACACAUUCUCAUUUUCUUUCUCAAAGGCAGAUCUAUGGAAACUUUUUUUGUUCCUUAUCUUUCCUCUACAAGGGAUAAGAUUUGUUGUUUUUGUAAGAAAUGAAAUGCAGGGGGGGAAAAAAAACACAAAACACUCCACUCCUGUGCCCCCCACCCCCACCCCCCACCUUCAGUCUGGUAAGUGGAUACCACUUAAGAUAGGAGUCUUCAUGGGGAGAAGACAAUAAUACCCAGAGCUUAUAUUGUUACCAUAGUCACCUUACUAGCAGUGUGUGGCUUUAAGAAUUUUAGAGAUCUUCAGUUUUAAUUUUGCAAAUUGGCGUUUCAGAUUUACCGAGAUGAAACGCAUCUGUGUCUGCUGAAUGCGUAUGUGCUCAAUGUGGCUUAGAUUCUGUCUCUGGGGCUUAACAUUGCUAGCCCUGACAGGGUAAGGGAAGCCCCGUGAAUAGAGUGAGCAGCUGGCCCAGGUCACAGAGGCCUGACCUCAGACCGGCUUAAGGCUUAAGUCCUCUCAGAACUUGUAUUUCCAGCUUCCCCACUUCAGGGGUGAGAGAGAAAGUGGGAAGGUGCAGCCACUCGGCUCAUCAGGACACUUGAUCGCUCCAGAGCUGGUCAGUGCUCAGCUGAAACCCCAGCCCCAGGAAGGAGAACGCCAUUUAAACCGUUCUGGCUACCCAUCGCCCUCCACUGGAGGGGCUAGCUCGACUGCCCUUAGCCAGGCAAGUGCAGUAAUGUGUGUUCUAUUCAGCAUUAUUACGCAGAAACCCACUGGUUAGGAUGGUUUGUUUUAGGAUAGGAAAUGAAAUUGCCUCUCAGUGACAGGAAUGACCCAAGCCUGCUUCCUAUUUUGAUUUUGUUUUAAACUGAUGGAUGGUGCAGCAUGUCUACAUGGUUGUUUGUUGCUAAACUUUAUAUAAUGUGUGGUUUUGAUUCAGCUUGAAAAAUAAUCUCACUACAUGUAGCAGUACAUUUUAUGUACAUUAUAUGUAACAUUAGUAUUUCUGCUUUGAAUCCUUGAUAUUGCAAUGGAAUUCCAACUUUAUUAAAUGUAUUUGAUAUGCUAGUUAUUGUGUGCGAUUUAAACUUUUUUUGCUUUCUCCCUUUUCUGGUUGUGCGCUUUCUUUUACAACAAGCCUCUAGAAACAGUUUCUGAGAAUUACUGAGCUAUGUUUGUAACGCAGAUGUACUUAGGGAGUAUGUAAAAUAAUCAUUUUAACAAAAAAAAUAGAUAUUUAAAAUUUAAUACUAACUACGGGAAAAGGGUCCAUUGUGUAAAACAUAGUUUAUCUUUGGAUUCAAUGUUUGUCUUUGGUUUUACAAAGUAGCUUGUAUUUUCAGUAUUUUCUACAUAAUACGGUAAAAUGUAGAGCAAUUGCAAUGCAUCAAUAAAAUGGGUAAAUUUUCUGA